UACAGAUUGUAUUCAACGCUAGUUUAUACCUGUAAAUUACGAAGAUCGGGCCCUGUAUCGACCAUCUCAAGUAUUUGUUCGUGUUUAUCUCGACGGGAACAUGGCUAGCCGUACAGCUAUAAGCAACCAGUACGAGGUACUUGGGAACUUCUCGAUUGGCGAGGACAAGAAAUAUCGAAACGAUUUGAGUCAACGUCGCUUCCUAAUCGAACCUGACGAUGACCAGCCUAAUUUCGAUCUCUUGCAGGGGCUUAGACAAUACACGGAUAGAAAGCCAUCUGGAAUUGUACCGACGUCGAUGAGCCCCGUUCUGGACUGGUUUCAUGAUCAUCGAGACGAGCUCAUCAAAAAGAAAGUUUUAAAAUCAGAAGGAUCAUCUAGAAAGCUCGACAUCGAUUUCGUAGGUCGCAGAGGAUUUUUCUGUCGUCUUCUUCGUGCAGUGGCUAGCCUGGACAAGCUUGAAAUCCUUGUAACACUCUGCAAUGGAACCUACUAUAUCGAGAACGUUAAGGAUACUUAUGAGGAAACUGCGCGGCAAAUAGAGAUGGGAUUUGGUGGCAAGAAGUUUGCUCAGUGCAUCACAAGUCCUGACGGGAGCAGCAAGCCUGACCUCGACGAACCAGUGAAUGCUUACGCUGAGUAUGUAGCGGUGAUGAAGACACAGUAUGGCAAUCACCGUAUCAUUCUCAGCACCGAAGUUCAGGCAGAACGAAAGGACUCGAAUCAGACAUCUCCAGAAAACUAUGUCUGCAUCAAAACCAGAAAGCAUGAUCUCGAAGGGAAACCCCUGACAAAUUUCAAAAGGUACAAGACUUUACAGUGGUGGUCACAGGCCUACAUGGCUGGCAUCCCUGAAGUGAUAUGUGGUAUGAGAAAUGAUAGAAGGCAUAUCAUAACAUCAGUCGAGACCAUGAAGACCAAUCAGCUGUCUUCGAAAUCAGAGGGAUUUUGGGACCCCAUGCUGUGUCAGAAGAAGUUUGAGUCUUAUCUCUCAGAAAUCAAGAAACUGGUUAAAGAUGACGAUCCACGUGCCGUAUAUCGUCUUCAGUUGCCUGAGAUCGAGAGGGGAGGAGGUUUGAAGGACAAACUACGAUCCAGAAGAUUCCGUCUUCUUGGACGAAAAGAAGAUGAUUACGUCAUCCUUCCAGAUCAAUAUCUUAAAGAUGUCUUGGACCUGAAAGACUACUAGUAGACAAAACAAAAUGGCCGCCAUCAUGUCUAUAGCCAUGGUCGGUGUUACACGAAGGACUACUAGUAGAUAAAACAAAAUGGCCGCCAUCAUAUAGCCAUGGUCGGUGUUAUAUGAAGGACUACUAGUAGAUAAAACAAAAUGGCCGCCAUCAUGUCUAUAGCCAUGGUCGGUGUUACAUGAAGGACUACUAGUAGACAAAAAAAUGGCCGCCAUCAUGUCUAUAGCCAUGGUCGGUGUUACAAACGACUGACCAAAGCUCGACAUAUAUAUUUCAUGUGCCAUUAUAAUCUGCCGCAUCAGAAAACAACAAUAGUAAAUAAUGUAAAAUGAUAAUUAUAAAAAUGGUAAUGAUAAUGUUGACUUGUAUUUCCCGCAUUGUCUCUGUCAAUAUGCCUGAAAAAUUAGAAAAAAGAGGAUAAGCUGUUAGGUCUUAUACAAUAUGUAAGUUGUAGAUGUUUUGGAAGGUAUAUGUGCUGAUUUUCAUAUAAAUAUAGAGGAAUUAAGCCGGAGAAUCACUUGUUUUAUGAGCAUCUUAUAUUAUGCUUGGUUUUAUGGGAAUAUCAAUAAUCCGCUUUACUUGUAUUUAUAUAUUAACUCUUGACUUUAUGAAAUGUUAAGAAAACCCUGCUUUUUGCUUCACUUGUAUUCAAAGUAAUCAUUUUAUCGCCCUACGGAUGGUGUGAAUAUAAUUCCUUUUGUAUAGUAAACUAUAUGCAUAGAUCGGUGAAGGUUCACUAGACAAAGUUUCAUUAUUUGUUUCUAUCAGAAAUGGGAGAAUGUAUCGAAUACUUUUUUUAAUUCAUAGCCAAUGCAAAUGCUGAAAAUAAAGUACCCUCUGCGAUUAUUGGAAUUAAUUAUAUUAUUGCGAAGGUUUAUCUCUGAUUUAAAUACGGGCUGCAUUUGAAUGGACAUAAUAACAUCAAUAUUAUUUGUAGCAUGAUCUGACAUACAAUACUAGGAUGAAGGAUUUUAUAUUUCAUACCUUAACGAUUACAUUACAGCCCAGUUGACCGGAGGACCGUGAGACCGAAAAACAUAAUAAUGUGCGCAGUUAUACGAUCGACAUACAUGUACUUUGCUAGGGUGUAGAACUUUGGUUGAGCCGUUGAGGCUUUCCCAUUACACCAUUCUACUAUUCUUGUACACCAUCCAGACGAUUUCCAGGUAGAUAUGUAACGGUUUCGGUGUCCCCAACUUCAAACCUCAAUUUAAAAAAUUUUGAUAGUCGAAUAUUGGAAGGGCAUGAUAUUCGCAUUAUUUGAAUAGUUCGCAACAGGUCGCAGAAUAGAGAUUACUAUAGGUUAAUAGCACGACCAGAGAAUUGACGCAGUGCUAUUGAUACAUUAAAACACAAAUUACUUCCACAAUUAUUAAUAAAAACAUAUAAACCUGUAUUUAAACCAUUAUAUUUUGAUGGAGCCCGGCACUAUAACGUCCUCCGGCAAGCUACAUUUGCCACUCUUAACCCAGGUGUAAUUGGGUAUACCAGCUGGUACUUGUUGGGGUAAU